AUGCCUUUGAAGUCCUUUCACCGUAUGAUGGAUCUCCCACUGGAGAUUCGCCAUGAAAUUUAUUUUUGGGCCACACCAGACCGUGUUGUUCACGUUCGAUACCCAUCCUCAGGCGACAUAAGAAAAGGGCGUGUCUUUUGCAGCACCCCCAUUCCCUCUCUACUACACACGUGCUCUGAGUCCCGGGCUUGUUUAUCAAGAACGGGCUACAAGCUGGCUUUCCAAGUCCAAUCAACUGGCAGUCAAUUCUGGUUCAACUUCAAAAGAGAUACCCUAUUUAUCGACAGAGGGGCAUUGAUCUUGAUGUACCAAGGCAUCAAUCCGUUCCCGUUCGAGGAUGCCCAAAGAAUUCGAAAAAUAGCCUACGAGAGGUGGUUCAUCAACGUCUACCAUCUAGGUAUCAGGGAGGGGAAAACUUUGUACACGCCUCGCUAUUUCCCUGACCCUAUUCUGCAGAGACACAGCUACGACACCAGGAACCUCUACAAGUUUGCAGAGAUCCAGAAAAUUGAUGGAUAUCUCGGUCGUCUUGUUGUCCAAGCUGAUCAUCCGAGCCCGCACGCAUUGUCGCUCGGCUAUUGGUGUGCUCUCUGGAGCCUAGACCCUCCAGCGUCCAUACCAAGAGACACAGAUCUCGCCGAGUAUCUCAGUGAGCCUUAUGAGAAAUGGAGAUCUCUUGAUCAGGGACGGGAAUACCUGGAGUUAGAGUUGGGACAGUUCUGGGCUGAGUUGGGGCGGCCAAGCGGGAAGCUGCCUAAGUUUAAACCUGUACAUCUCCUCACCGACGCUGAACACCAAUUUAUCCGACGAGAACGAAGUAUCGGUUCUGAAAUGCUUCAAACAACGUUCCGUAUAAACAAGCUUUCCGGAUCGAACAAGGACAAUCAGGUCGCCCUUACUUGGGGGUUCUAG